GAACCGUGUGCGGCCACCACCGAAGAAGAAGCAUGAGGACGGACCCGUUCAGAGCUAAACACCCGCAGCCGUUUUUCCGUGCGAGCUAACGCCAUGGCCGCCGUGCGCAGCUUAAUGGCGGCGGUGAAAUCAGACGGCGGCUCGGACCGCUCGGAUUCCGGCUCCGACUCGGACUCGGACCAUGACGCCCGCGAGGCCGAGCCGAUGGAGGUGGAGGAAGGAGAGCUGGAGACGGAGGACGUUUCCGUUAAUCGGUCCCUGAAGGAGCUGCUCCCGGACACGAGCCGCCGCUACGAGAACAAAGGCGGAGCGUUCAUCACCGGCAUUGACGUCACCUCAAAGGAGGCGAUCGAAAGGAAAGAGAAGCGAGCGAGACGUUUUCAUUUCAGACCGGAAGAGAGCGUUGAGCAGAGGAGCGUGUUCAUGGAUAAAGACACCAUGAAGAAAGCUAUCCCCAGCCUGCGGAUGGAGGCCCUCUACGUGACGGGAGUGGACGACAUGAGUACUCAGGACAUCUUCGGGUAUUUUAAAGAAUAUCCUCCAGCACACAUCGAGUGGAUCGAUGACACCUCCUGCAACGUGGUUUGGCUCGACGACAACACGUCCGUCCGAGCGCUCGUCAACUGCAGCCGGACGCCCGACCCGGAGACCGAGACCACCGAGACCCCCGAGACGGAAACCCCGGGGCCGGAGAGCGCCGAUCAGCCGGGCGACCAGAGUAAAGGUCGCCGGGGGUCGGAGGACGAGGAGGAGGAAGAGGGCGAGGUGGAGGAGGAAGAAGAGGGCGAGGUGGAGGACGAAGACGAGGCCGUGAAGAAGAGCAGCGAGGAGAUAGAGGUGAAGGAAGCCGACGAGCAGAAACCGAAGCAGGAAGCCGUUCAGGUGGAGGACCUGUCGCUGGCGGAGAGAGAGUCGCUGCUGAGGAACGACCUGCGACCGGCCAUCAAGCCCUUCAAAGGAAACAAGCUCCUCCUGCGCUUCGCCACGCACGACGAUAAGAAGGAGCUCGGCGCCGCUCGGCGAAGCCGCUACUACAUGAAGUACGGGAACCCGAACUACGGCGGCAUGAAGGGGAUCCUCAGCAACUCCUGGAAGAGGAGGUUUCACAACCGUCGGAUUCAGAGAGACGUCAUCAAGAGCAAGAAGCCUCUGAUCGGAGACAACCUGGGACACACGCCGCCGUACACUCACCGGCACUCCGCCGACCUGGUCAACCUGCCUGAGGAGCCCAUCAAGGAGGAGGAGGAGGAAGAGGAGGAGGACGAGGACAUGGAGGAGGACGACCGGGUGGUAGAGUACAAGGAGCGAGCGGACAAGGAGCGAGUGGACAAGGAGCGAGGCCAGAAGCCCACCGCCGCGGGGGGCUCGCUCACGCCAGGGGCGGGGCUCCGCGGCCGGGCCGAGCGCUCUCCGUCUCCGUGGUCGGAGUCGGACGAGAUGGACUACGACCUGGAGCUGAAGAUGAUCUCCACGCCGUCGCCCAAGAAGAGCAAGAAGAUGACGAUGUACGCCGACGAGCUGGACGGCCACCUGAAGAGCAUCCGGAACCGGGUCGGGGAGUCAGGAUCACAGACCAGAGCCAAGUCCAUGUCGCCGACCCCCCAAGUGACCGACGUCCGGCAGCUGCUGGAGGAGAAGAGGAAGGGGCUCUCUCAGCACAGACAGCCCCCCCUGGUGGCCCCCAGCGGGAAGUCAGACGUACGGCAGCGGUUGGGAAAGCGGCGCUACUCCCCUGACAGACAGCGCUCGCCCUCCCCUGUCUCUCCCAGAGACACGCCUCCCGCCAGAGAACCAAUCAGAGACGUGCACCGCCGGCUGGGCGUGGCCAGUCAGGACAACAGGAGCGUCUUCUCCAACUCAUCCAAAGACAGGAAGUCAAGCGCGCUGUGGAGCAGACUCGGCUCUGGUGACGACGACGGCGCCGGACGUCACGAGCGCCGCUCGAGCAGCCGGCCGGCAGAGCUUUUCUCCUCGGGGAAGGGAGGCGAGGGCGGUGGCAGCAAGACACGAGGAGACGGAGAGGGGGAGAAGGAGGAGAAGAAGGAGGACGAGGAGGAGGACGACUCGGCGCUGCAGAAGGUGUGGGGCGCCAUGAUCAAACAGAAACAGGAGCGUCUGUCCCACAAGGUCAAGAAGAGCCGGCUGGACAACCUGCCGUCGCUGCAGAUCGAGAUCAGUCGCGACAGCAGCGACGACUCCGACGCCUGAAACGGAGGAGGAGGAGGAAGAGGAGGAGGAAGAGGAGGGGGGAGGGGGACCGGGGACCAGCCGGAGGGUUUCUCCUCUGAACUUCACGUCACUCUUUUCUUCAAGUACAAUGAUACAAAGAUCUGACUGCAGAUCUGAGGCCAGUGUGUCAGUUUCUUUUUCUUUGUCUGUGCGGUUCAGGAGGGAGAAACGGGUUCAACCAGGCACAGAGCCAGGGGCCCCUUAAGACUGUUUACUAUUAACUGAAAUGUUGAUCUCCUCAUGGUGAUUUCUUUUAUUUAAUUGUUCCUUCUUUUUAAGAUCUGCAAACGAAUCCAAUCAAACAUGUAUAAAGAAACACAAACUCCAGUAA